AUGUCUAGGGAUGAACGCCAGCAGGAGCCAGCACAGGCCACACAGCAACCCCUGAAACGUACAUUUCACGGUUGUUUGACAUGUCGAAAGAGAAAAGUCCGGUGCAAAGGAGGCGAUCCCUGCCAAAACUGCGCUCGCAUGAACAUCACCUGCCACAGUUCGUUUGACACCAACCUUCGCAUCCGCGUGUCAACACCGACAGGUCAGAGGGAUGUAGACGUAGGGGCCACAUCCAGCCGGUCGUCCAGACCAACGCCUCCAAAUCAACAGCAGUCCCCGCCCCAGCACCAGCACCAAUACCAACACCAGCAGCAGCAACCAGCCCAAUAUCAACCAGAGCCCAUGCCGGCAUUCAUGACCUUUGACGGACACAGCCAGUCCUUCCUCCCCGAAGACCCCAACCACUUUGCCGGGUAUCCAACGUCUGCGACCAUCGGUGGACCGUCCACUUCAUACGCUCCAGUCCCCCCCGUGACCCAUGUAAACUUUGACAUGGCAUCGGCAUCGGUAUCGAUUGCCAGCUCGAGUACCACCGGGAUUCCGGAUAUGGCCCAGCUCCAGUAUCAGCAGUAUCCGGAUGCUGCCGCUUGGGAAUAUGACUACCCUUAUGACCCGAACGACCCCAACAACCUUGGCUAUGACUAUGACGCCGCGAUGGACAUGAGCAUGCAAGCUCUCCUACCCGACGACAUGCAGCAUAGUCAUCAGGAUGCUGGUGGGUGGUACGGAUAUCCGGCGCAGGGACCGUCGGGCCAGCAACAGAAUUGGCGGUAA